CGAUUAGCGCACGCGCAUUUCUGGCCAGUAUUGAUACCGGCGAAAGAAAAUGGCGGUCGAGACUUCAGAGCAGAUGGACCUGGAUGAGGGCAAGGGUGGGACAGGGUUGCGUCAGUAUUACUUGUCCAAGAUUGAGGAGCUGCAGUUGAUAGUCAAUGAUAAGAGUCAGAAUCUCAGGCGUCUGCAGGCUCAGAGGAAUGAACUUAAUGCCAAAGUACGCCUGCUUCGUGAGGAAUUGCAGCUCCUGCAGGAACAGGGUUCCUAUGUGGGUGAAGUGGUGAGGGCUAUGGACAAAAAAAAGGUGCUAGUCAAGGUUCACCCAGAAGGCAAGUUUGUGGUUGAUGUGGAUAAAAACAUAGAUAUCAAUGAUGUGACACCAAACUGUCGUGUUGCUCUGAGGAAUGAUAGCUACACACUGCAUAAGAUACUACCAAACAAAGUGGAUCCCCUGGUUUCAUUGAUGAUGGUGGAGAAAGUUCCAGAUUCCACCUAUGAGAUGAUUGGUGGUCUUGACAAGCAAAUCAAAGAGAUUAAGGAAGUGAUUGAGCUUCCAGUUAAACAUCCAGAGCUUUUUGAAGCUUUGGGCAUUGCUCAACCAAAGGGUGUGCUAUUGUAUGGACCCCCUGGUACUGGAAAAACUUUGCUGGCCCGGGCUGUGGCUCAUCACACUGACUGUACCUUCAUCCGUGUCUCUGGCUCUGAGCUUGUGCAGAAAUUCAUUGGAGAAGGUGCACGAAUGGUGCGUGAGCUAUUUGUCAUGGCACGGGAGCAUGCUCCUUCUAUCAUCUUCAUGGAUGAGAUAGACUCCAUUGGUUCUUCUCGCUUGGAAGGUGGAUCUGGUGGGGACAGUGAGGUUCAGCGUACAAUGUUGGAAUUGCUCAACCAGCUUGAUGGUUUUGAAGCCACUAAGAAUAUCAAGGUAAUUAUGGCAACCAAUCGCAUAGACAUCUUGGAUUCAGCCCUGCUUCGACCUGGCCGCAUUGAUAGAAAAAUUGAAUUCCCACCUCCAAAUGAAGAGGCUCGUCUAGACAUCCUGAAGAUUCACUCUCGCAAGAUGAAUCUGACAAGAGGAAUCAAUCUGCGGAAGAUUGCAGAACUAAUGCCAGGGGCUUCCGGGGCUGAGGUCAAGGGUGUGUGUACAGAGGCUGGAAUGUAUGCACUGAGAGAGAGGAGAGUACACGUAACUCAAGAAGACUUUGAAAUGGCUGUAGCAAAGGUGAUGCAAAAAGACAGUGAGAAGAACAUGUCUAUCAAGAAGCUCUGGAAAUAAUAAAAAGUUGCUGCUGUUUCAUCAAGUUAUUUCCUAUUAUGUCAUUUACUUGUUUUUCAUGUAAUAAAACAAUAUAAAUGAUCAUAAAUGGA